CGUGAAUGUCAUCGAACUGUCAAAGUCAUCUCUCCCACCCUUGUUUUUGAGUAGUUUAACGUGGCUGAAGCCUUUUUAGCUCUCUGGUUAUCCAAAAUUAAAUAUUUGUUUCCGAUAAAGACUAGUAGGAUAAGGGAAAAACUGUGAUAUGAGAUAACUUCUAUGUGUCUUUUCUCGAACACCAAAAUCAAAACCCUUCGAAAUGGCUUUAAAAAAAGUGAAGGGGAAUAUAGAGCGGAUGUUCGACAAGAACCUCACGGAUUUGGUUAGGGGAAUCAGGAAUAAUAAGGAAAAUGAGGCAAGUUGGACCUUAGGUUAUGUCAACAGAACUUGCUCCCUUGAUAGUAAUUUUGGGGUAUCACACAGCACAAUUCGUUUCAGACACAUUUUAAGGCUAUGAUCACAGCUUGCUGACUCAUUUUUCUUAAUUCAGAAUGCAAAAUAUAUUUCUGAGUGCAUGGAAGAUAUCAAACAAGAGCUUAGGCAGGAUAAUCUAUCUGUCAAAAGCAAUGCGAUUGCAAAGCUCACCUAUUUGCAAAUGUUAGGAUAUGACAUAUCUUGGGCUGGCUUCAACAUUAUCGAAGUGAUGAGUUCCAGUAAAUUUACUUUAAAAAGAAUAGGCUAUCUAGCUGCAAGUCAAUCAUUUCACUGUGAUUCUGAGUUGUUAAUGUUAACAACAAAUAUGAUAAGAAAGGAACUCAAUUCUCAAAACCAGUAUGAGGCAGGGUUAGCUCUCACAUCGCUAAGUUGUUUUGUUAGCACAGACUUAGCCAGAGAUCUUGCCAAUGAUAUUUUAACACUGCUUAGCUCAACAAAGCCUUAUAUUAGGAAGAAAGCUGUUCUGAUGAUGUACAAGGUAUUCCUAAAAUACCCUGAAGCAUUGAGACCCGCUUUUCCUAGGUUGAAGGAAAAAUUGGAAGAUCCUGAUCCAGGUGUUCAGUCAGCUGCUGUGAAUGUUGUAUGUGAGUUGGCAAGGAAGAAUCCAAAGAACUACCUUAGCCUUGCCCCUGUCUUCUUCAAGUUGAUGACUACAAGCACCAACAACUGGAUGCUUAUAAAAAUUAUAAAACUGUUUGGUGCUCUUACUCCCUUAGAACCUAGGCUAGGUAAAAAACUAAUUGAACCACUUACAAACCUUAUACACAGUACUUCGGCAAUGAGUCUCCUAUAUGAAUGUAUAAACACAGUGAUAGCAGUAUUGAUAAGUAUAUCUUCCGGUAUGCCAAACCACGCAGCUAGUAUUCAGUUGUGUGUGCAGAAGCUUAGGAUAUUGAUCGAAGAUUCCGACCAAAAUUUGAAAUAUUUGGGCCUGCUUGCAAUGUCUAAAAUAUUGAAAACCCAUCCAAAGAGCGUUCAAGCUCACAAAGACUUGAUUUUACAAUGCUUAGAAGAUAAGGAUGAAUCUAUAAGGCUCAGAGCCUUAGACCUAUUAUAUGGAAUGGUUUCGAAAAAAAAUUUAAUGGAAAUAGUGAAGAAAUUAAUGGUACACAUGGAUAAGGCGGAAGGCACGGUGUAUAGAGAUGAACUCUUGAGCAAAAUUAUACUAAUAUGCUCUCAGAACAAUUACCAGUUCAUCACAAAUUUCGAAUGGUACAUCACCGUUUUGGUCGAAUUAGCGCAGAUGGAAUUUGGCUCAAAGCAAGGACACGUGAUCGGUGCUCAACUGAUGGAUGUCUGCAUACGAGUCCAGGCCAUCAGGCCCUUUGCAGUCGCAGAAAUGGCGCAACUGUUGGACGUUUAUACAUCGACGUCACAGUUCACUAUCAUGCAGGAGGUUCUUUAUGCUGCAGCUUGGCUUUGCGGAGAAUUUGUCAUCGAAUUGAAGAAUCCCGAACAAACUCUGCACGCCCUGUUGAGGUACAAGUCGCUCCCCCAGCACAUCGAAUCCGUCUUCAUCCAGAAUAUUCUCAAAGUUUUCGCUUAUGUGAUAGACAUUUGCUAUGAAAAUGAUCAGCAAGACGAGAUAUGUGACCUGUGCGAUAUGGUCGUUGAUAAGAUGAACGACAGCAUCAAAUCUGGGGAGCUCGAAGUUCAGGAGCGGGCUAGCAACACUCUUAUCAUCGUGCAGAUCGUGAAAGAGGAGAUAACGGCUGGCAAAACUGUGGGAAUCAUGAAUAUAAUGAAUAUCGAUGAUCCACUAGAUAAAGCAGAACCUACCGAAUCAGUUUUCGGUGAACUUCUAAGCUUAUUCAGCGGAGAACUGAAUCCCGUUGCACCUAAGGCUCAGAAAAAGGUUCCUAUUCCAGAAGGGUUAGACCUAGAUGCUCAGAUAUACGACGAACCUGUAGAGGAAUCUGAAUCCGACAGCGAACCGGAUAGCAGGGAAAACCUGUUCGUAAAAACAGAUCGAUUGAGAUCCGGAAACACGAUCGUUUAUCAGCCCGAGCCUACAGAAGAGGAGAUCAAAAAGAGUCGGGAAGCUAGGAAACAAGAGCAGCUCAACAACCCGCAUUACCUGAAAAGCGAUUCGAUAGAUAGCAACACAAGCGCGAACACGGAAACCGUGGACGGUGUUCCGAUAGCGGAGCUUGCUCUCAACGUUCCAUUGAAGACGUUCGGAGAGAAGAGGUCGGAUAAGUAUCUCAACCUGAAUGCUGACAGCGGCAAGUCCAAGAAGAAAGGCAAGAAGAAGAAGAAAAAGUACAAGUCAGAAAGCUCGUCCGAUGAAAAUAUUGACGUGGGACCGAUAAUCGAAAUCAAAAGAGGGAUGGAACUUCCGGAAGGCGCCACCUUGUCCGACUCGGAAAGUGAUCGCGAUAAGAAAGAUGAUCUCCACAAGGCUCUUGAUAUCGAUUUGACCCCAGACACUGUAUUUAGCGAUUUCGGGCUUAGAACCCCACAUCUUGGAAAACAGAAGGAAGAUGCGGUAGGCCGGGAUGUUAAGAAAGGAAAAAGUCAUUCGAAGAAAAAGCAGGGAGAUAAGGAGAAAUCUUCUAAGAAGAAAGAUAAAGCUAAGAAAUCUGUCAUAGAAACGAAAGAAGAUAAUCUUUUGGCUUUAGACAGUGAUAACGAAAAACAGCAAGGCGACAAAAGGCCAAAGAAAGCGAAAAAAGAGAAGAAAGAUAAGAAGAAGUCCAAAGAUAAAGAAAGUAAGGGUAAAUCAAAAAUGUCCAGUUCAGGUUAUGAAGAAGCGACAGGAAUCUCAACGCCCAGCAAAGAAUUCCAAUAAUAUUGAUAAACAUGUAUGUUUGUUUAUUGUUAAGUUUGUUCAAUACUCCCAUUCUCUCUGCAGAUGCACGGUUAUGUUUUUUAAGUUAUAUAAUCAAAGCCACCUUUAUCAGUAACGGUUUUAAAGUGGAAUCUGGACUUUGAUGUCUUACAUAAAGGCUAUGUAUAAUUAUUAUAAUGUGUUGUUUGUGUAAAUAUGAUUAUUUUUAAUAUGAGAAAGACUUAAUCUAUUUCCAGCUCUAUUUCUAUUUCCUAGUUGAAUAUAUUGUCCAAUAAAUCCUUAUAUUGUUUGAUA